UAGCCUUUUCUGCAGAAGGAUAUUGGAGUGUCCUGUGGUCUCACACACCUGAUGGCAUUUGCACCUCCCAAAAACAUGGAUGGCCCCAAACUUCAAACCAAGAUGAGCACAUGGACACCCCUGAACCAUCAGCUCAUGAAUGACAAGGUAUUUGAAGAACGAAAAGCCCUGCUUGGAAAAUGGUUUGACAAGUGGACAGACAAUCAGCGGCGGAGGAUCCUGGUGGACCUGUUCCAGCGCUGCUCCCUGGCGCAGCAGAAAUUCUGUGUGAAGCAGCUGCAGGAGCGGGUGCCCGUUGAGGCCCUGGACUUCACCACUCAGCUGCCCAGAACACUGUCUUUGUACGUCUUCUCUUUCCUGGACCCCCGGAGCCUCUGCCGAUGUGCACAGGUGAGCUGGCACUGGAAGUACUUGACGGAGCUGGAUCAGCUCUGGAUGCUGAAGUGCCUACGUUUCGGCUGGUACAUCAACUUCUCUCCGACCCCGUUUGAGCAGGGAAUCUGGAAGAAACACUACAUCGAGAUGGUGAAGGAGCUUAACAUUACACGGCCCAAGACCCCUCCGAAAGAUGAAUUUGUGGUUAUCGAUGUCCAGCCAAUAGCAAGAGAGGGCCCAGAGGUGAAACUGUCCCUGGCGACGGUUCUCCAGUCGGCCUCAUUGCUGAGGAAGAAGAUGAACAAGGAUAAGAAAGAGCUGCCCCCCUGGCGCUCAUCUGAUAAACACCCAACCGACACGAUCCGAUUCAACUACCUGGACAACUACGACCCGAUCGAGCAGGCAAGACUGGCGAGAAAGAAAGGCGGAGGACUCACCCCAGACCUGAGCCAGCAGGCAAGUGAGAAGAAAAAGAAAGCAUCCUACAAGCUCCGGAAAGCAAAAUCGCUGCUGUCACUCUCUGCAGACCUUGACUCUGGCCCAAAAACACCAGUUCGCCCAAGUUGGGCUACUCACCAGUCACCGGGGUAUCCCGUUACCAAAGCAACGGCUAAGAUGCUGGCUCAGAGCACCCGGUGGAAUGCUGGGAUACGACCAGCACCUGUCCGACCUCCAGUACCACAACUGAGUGAAAAAGGGAAGAAGGCCUUUACAAGGAUGGACAGAAGUUUGCCAGCAUCUCCACUGUUUGAGGCUCAGCCCUGGCAAAUUCCUCCGUCGAACCCAGGCUCGGAUGCAGAGUAAGAUGCUUAGCAAAGAAGGGGCUCCUAUGCUCAGCAUUUGGAAACUGGCAAUCAUGGCACUGGCCCUGCUCAGUGAAGACUGGAAGCUACUGACAUUUAUGAAUCAAGUCUGAGGCCUAGUGGAUAUAACCUGAUUUGUCACUUGUGCCAAUAUGAACCUUUUAUCGCUGACCUCUGUAUACCAGUGGAGAAUGCCCUUUUUGGCAGUUCUGCCACAAGUUAAGCCCUGUGCCCUCCUGAGUGCCACUCUGAUCUCCUUCCCCUGCCUAAACUGCUGCUCUGCUUUC